UUUCUUAGAAUUUUAUAUUAAACAAAAUAAAAAAAUGUCUUAAAAUUUAAACCGUCUGAUCUUAAUGAAUUGCUGACUGUAUGCAGUCCGACUGCAUUCAAUCCAAUUUCGUUGUCUGCACGGCGAACGCUAGUCUCUACUCUAUAAAAGGGAAGGCUUAAUAUACUCGUUUUUCAAGAACAUACAUAACUUAGAUAUCAUACACAUUUGAAACUUAAACAAAGAUGAGUUACAUUGCUGAGAAAAAGCCACAUGCUGUGGUGAUUCCAUAUCCAGUUCAAGGCCAUAUCAAUCCAUUAUUCAAACUAGCAAAACUUCUUCACCUUAGAGGCUUUCACAUAACUUUUGUUAACACCGAAUACAAUCACAAACGCUUGCUCAAAUCGAGGGGUCAAAAAGCCUUAGCUAGUUUAACUGAUUUUAUCUUUGAGACUAUUCCAGAUGGUUUACCUCCAAUGGAAGGUAAUGGUGAUGUUAGUCAAGACAUACCAUCUCUUUGUCAAUCAGUGAGAAGGAAUUUCUAUCAACCCUUUUGUGAACUUCUUGCUAGACUUAAAGAUUCUGCCAUUUCUGGUCAUAUCCCACCAGUUACAUGCUUAGUUUCUGACUGUUACAUGUCAUUUACCUUGCAAGUUGCUCAAGAACUGGCACUCCCAAUUCUUUUUUGUGCCCCUGGUAGUGCAAGUUUCUUCUUGUCUACUUUGCACUUUCGUACGCUAUUAGACAAAGGUCUAAUUCCACUCAAAGAUGAGAGUUAUCUGACAAGUGGAUAUUUAGACAACAAAGUAGAUUGUAUUCCAGGUAUGAAAGACUUUCGGUUGAAGGACCUUCCUGACUUCAUAAGGACAACAAAUCCUAAUGAUUCCAUGGUAGAAUUUCUCAUUGAAGCAUCAGAUAGAUUCCACAAAGCCUCUGCUAUUGUUUUUAACACUUAUAAUGAGCUUGAGAGUGAUGUAAUGAAUGCACUCUAUUCUAUGUUCCCUUCUUUAUAUACCAUUGGCCCUUUAUCUUCAUUUUUAAAUCAAACUCCACAGAAUAAUUUGGCUUCUUUAGGUUCCAAUCUAUGGAAAGAAGAUACCAAGUGUCUCGAAUGGCUUGAAUCCAAGGAACCUGGGUCAGUUGUUUAUGUGAAUUUCGGCAGCAUUUCAGUUAUGACUCCAGAACAAUUACUAGAGUUUGCUUGGGGUUUGGCCAAUAGCAUGAAAACCUUUUUGUGGAUCAUUAGGCCCGACCUUGUCAUUGGUGGCUCGUUUAUUUUGUCAUCCGAGUUUGAGAAUGAAAUUUCAGAUAGAGGCCAAAUUGCAAGUUGGUGUCCGCAAGAGCAAGUACUAAACCACCCUUCAAUUGGUGGAUUCUUGACUCAUUGUGGAUGGAACUCAACCAUUGAAAGCAUAUGUGCUGGAGUUCCAAUGUUGUGUUGGCCGUUCUUUGCCGAUCAACCAACAAACUGUAGAUAUAUAUGCAACGAGUGGGAGAUUGGAAUGGAAAUCGAUACUAAUGUGAAGAGGGAGGAGGUGGAGAAGCUAAUCAAUGAAUUGAUUGUCGGAGAGAAAGGAAAGAAGAUGAGGCAAAAGGCCAUGGAGUUGAAGAAGAAGGCAGAUGAGAACACUAGUCCAGGUUGUUGUUCAUACAUGAACUUGGACAAAGUUAUUAAGGAGGUCUUGCUUAAACAAUAUUAGAUGAAAGUCCUUUAUUUUAAAAAAUGUAGUUGUGUGUUUAUCCAUCUCUUGAAUUUGUUUGAAUGCCAAGCAAAAAUGAUGCAUUUAUAUUAU